GAAUCCCCAAACCUUACACUAGUAGAUUGAAGAAGAACCAUCACCAUGUCUGACGAAGAGCACCACUUCGAGUCCAAGGCUGACGCCGGCGCAUCCAAGACCUAUCCGCAGCAAGCCGGAACCGUCCGCAAGAACGGUUACAUUGUCAUCAAGAACAGGCCCUGCAAGGUUGUUGAGGUUUCUACUUCCAAAACUGGCAAGCAUGGACAUGCGAAGUGUCACUUUGUUGCUAUUGACAUCUUCACCGGCAAAAAGCUUGAGGAUAUUGUCCCAUCUUCCCAUAACUGUGAUAUCCCUCAUGUCAAUCGUACUGAUUACCAGCUUAUUGAUAUCUCAGAGGAUGGAUUUGUGAGUCUGCUGACUGACUCUGGUGAUACUAAGGAUGACCUUAAGCUUCCUACCGAUGAUGCUCUGCUUAAGCAGAUCAAGGAGGGCUUUGGUGAUGGUAAGGAUCUGGUUGUGAGUGUUAUGUCUGCCAUGGGGGAGGAGCAGAUUUGUGCCCUUAAGGACAUCGGCCCCAAGUAAUAGAAUCAUUUCAGUUGAAUGCUGAAAAGCUGAAGUUGGAACUGAGAUGAUACAGUAUUUGUUUUAUGUUUCUUUUCGUUUUUCCUCUUUUGUGUUGGUUUGUGUACUAAAUCGGCCAGAGUUUGUACCAUUCUCAUAAGAUGUGGUCGAAAAUAUUGGAUGACUAUUUAAGAGUCCUUGACUUAUGUUAUUUUUGUGUGUUAUUAGUUCUAGAGCCAUUAACUCUUAAUGGUGUGAAGAAGUUAUAUUGGCCAUCGGCCAGUGAGACUAAUUAUAUGCUUAUCAGACCCUUUUACAGUUUCUGAUAUAAUUUUCUUCA